AUGAGCUAUAUUCACCCUUCAUGGAACUAUGCCGCCCAUGCCGGUCUCCCAAUGGAUCAUGCCAUGGCCUACGACCCGUCCAUGGUGCCGCCGCCGAUGAUGCAUCACCCCAUUGAUGGCUAUCUGUACCCCCAUCCGUCCAUGGAGAUGAUUGACUACUACCACCAACCCAUCAUGGACUAUGACGAAUACACAGAGAACCUGUCACGACCCCGUUUGACGAAAGAGCAAGUCGAGACCCUCGAGACCCAGUUCCAGGCCCAUCCCAAACCCAGCAGCAAUGUCAAGCGGCAAUUGGCGGCGCAAACCAAUUUGAGUCUCCCUCGUGUUGCGAACUGGUUCCAAAACCGACGGGCCAAGGCCAAACAACAGAAACGUCAGGAGGAAUUCGAGAAGAUGCAGAAGGCAAAGGCAGAGGCUGAGGAGACCGCUCGCCGGAAGUCAGAGACUCUGGAUCAGCUAUCCGAGUCUCGGCAGUCGUCUACCGUUAAGGAAGAACCAGAGAGGUCUCCAACUCCCAAACAAUCGACCUCUACAAACACGGAGAUCAACACAAAUACCAUGCCCGCCACAUCUACCCCCUCCGAACACAGCAAAGCCGAUGCCAACGUCAACCAGAAACACCACAAGACCAAGAGUGAAUCCGCCCGAGAGGCUACCUUCGCCUCCCUGCAAAGGGCGUUGAAUGCGGCAUGUGCCGCUCGAGACCGCUUCACCCGCCGAGGAAGCAAGCACGAGACGGCACAUGAGGACGAGCCGAUCUCGCCUUCCUCAAUGGCUCCCCCGAGUUCCACCUUGAGAGGACCCGAGAGCAAGGGUCAGAAAGAGUACAGGGCCGCCUACGCUGACUGGUCAGAGCUCAAGGAGGAGCAAAACUCCUGGUCCCAUGGUUCAUCCGAGGCUGCCCAAGCUGUCUCCGAUAUCUCCGGCUCCUCGCACGCUUCUCAGUCUGAAGUGGAGGCGUUGUCGGGAUCUCAAUUUCCCCAUACUGAGGAGUGGGCGGAGUCCUCGAAGGAAACGCCUUCAGCUCAUGGUAUGGGAACAGACGUUGGUCUUGGCUACGAUAACAUGCCGUUCGCAAUGCCAAUGCCAACGCCCGGUAUCUCCGUCUCCCGCCGGGGGUCGUCUGGUGCCCUUGCCGCGUCCUUGGAUGGAAUUGGCAUCCAUACUGAUGGGUCUACGUUGUCCAGUCGUGCCGGAGGAUCGUCGUGGAAAGAGGCCGGGAAAGAGCUUGACCUUGCCGCCAGGCGAAAGCGUCCCCGUCCGGCCGCCAUUGGUACUUCCAGCACCCGAUCGCUUGCUGCAUCCACCUCUAUGUCCUCCCUCUCGCCCACAAGCCGCAUGCCCAGCUCUGGUGCAGGUGCUGCGAACUCAAUGAGACAUUCGAAGUCCACUCAAAGUCUCAACACCCGGUAUGCCGGUGUGCGAAAGGCUUCCGCUGCCCAGCGCUCCCCUCUGAAUUUCACAUUUGCCGAAUCUGGAUCCAUGAAGUCUAGCAAGACAGACAUGCUGCGGCCAUCUGUCUCCUCAACCACCCUGGCACCGCCCACACCCUUGACCCCGCAAGACUUCCAGCAUUUCAUGCCUGCUUCGCCGACUGACAGCAACUACUGCCUCUCCGCACACUCCACCACUCAGUUUUUCCCUUCCUCUCAGCCAAUGCAAGCUGUGGCUCCCCCCAUGUCAGCUCCGGCACAGGUCACGACUUUCCCAGAGUACGUGAGCUGUGACCCAGUUCCCAUGACUGCCCGGAGCUGGGCGGAUGCUGGUUCGCUCUCCUCGCCCGAGUUCCCGCCCGGCCUUCAGGUGCCGCAUUCGAGCACUGUAUCCCCUAUUGGAUUCGAAGCUGCGGUUGAGCACCCUGGACAGGCAUUUGGGAUGGACCCGGUGUCCGGAUCCCCAUCUUUGAUUUACUCGAUUGAAGACACGGAUUUGUCAGUCUCCGCUGAUAUGAACGAAAGGAAGCCUGCAGAGUUUAUGAUGCAUGAAUUUGCCGAGCAUGAUCCCUGCUUUGCUGCUCAACAUCUGGGACCAAUGCACAAGCACAAGGCCUAUACCUUUGCGAAUAACGCAGGUUCGGGCCAUUACCCCUCCUGA